GGUAGCAGAGAGGAAGCUGUUCUUAAUUCAAGGAGACAAACCUCAACUGAUGAAUUGGGAGAAAUAUGGUCUAAGGAUCGGAGUACAAAAGGAGAGCUUACUGUCCUCUGAGACAGUAGAAGCAGCAGUGGUUGCUCUUGUAGGAGGAGAGUUCCAGUUUCCUGCUAAUACUAUCCUAGUGAGUGCUGUGUAUGCAGUAUCACUCUCAAAGCCUCUCCUCAAACGGCUCAUAUUAGAAAUACAGCACUGUGUUGAUUUAACAGGACGACCAGGUCUUAGUCGUCAUCUCAAGUUUGCCAUAGCUCACGUGAGCACACCCAGUCUUCCUUACCACUUCUCCAUAGUUGAGGGAGGAGAGUUUAGUUCUGAUAGUUGGUAUGGAUCCAUUCAACGUAAAGAAUUCUGUUUGGUAUCUAUUGUUGGAGAGAAGCGUCUACCCAAAUCAUCAACUAAUGGAGACGAGGAAGAGGAGGAGGAGGAGCAAGAGGAACAAGUAGAAAAGGAAACUGAGGAGGAAGUGGAAGAUGGUAAUAGUGAUUCAUCCAGUGAUUCUGAUAAGACUCAAGAUCCACCAGGAGGUAGGAGUGGAGGACAAGGAGAGUCUACUAGUAAUGAGGGAGUAGAGGAAGAGGGGGAGACUGGAGGUGAGCCAUUACAUGAGGAAGGAAAUGAAGAACAAGAUAAUGAAAGAGUAGAAGAGUCAGAGGAUCAUGAAGAACCACAGCAUGAAGAAGCAACUGCUCCAAUACCUUGUACUGAGAUUAGUUCAGAUGUUAAUAGUAAAGUAGUAGUUUCCACUGGUAUAGUAAAGAAUAUGGCUUAUGCUGGACUGGUUUAUUAUGAGAAGAAAGAAGCUGAAGAUUUAGUGGCAUUUACUGCUGCUAAAGAUCUUAAUGCAUUGCUUGAGUUUAUUGAUAAAAGACACUCUCAAGCUGAAGUUGGACAGAAUAUUCUAUUUCGUUUCAAAGAUUAUGAUGGAUGUAUUGAAUUAAAGUUUGAUGCUCCACAAAAGAAGCUUUACACUGGAUGGACUAUUGAGCCUCACAUUCAGCCUUGUAGAUUUCUACGUUGUGAUGUUGAUAAGUUUGGUGAAGCUAAUUAUCCUCUUCCUUCAUGUUGCCUGAUAUCAGUAUAUGGGUCACCUGGUGCUGUACCAUCAUUGCACUAUUCUAUACCACUGGAUGGAGUGGCUGAUCCUAAGACAUUAUUCAUUCACCGAUCACUGAGAACUACUCCUUCAUUAACAAAUCCUACUACCUCCUCCUCCUCUUCUAAUGUAGUACAUGAAUCAAC